AUGUUCCAGCCCACCGCUUUCCUCCUGGCGGCCGUCGCCCUCCUUGUUCCCGGCGCUCUCGCUGGCGAGGGUGUGCACCUUGCCAACUGUGGCCCCAACGUCAACUCGGCCAUCACCUCUGUCAUCGCCUACUACCCCGAUGAUUCCCAGUCAAACGUUGCACCGCGUUCGCAGGACAUCGCCUUUGCUUCAAGCUCACAACAAGUCGUCACCUGGGAGGGCCAGGCCCACACCGCCAGCUUCGCAACUGGCAACACCUUCACGUCUCACAUCAACGGCGGAAGCUUCAGCUUUGGCCAGUAUGCGGGAUCCGGCAACAACCAGCAGCGGCAGUUUGCUUGCUUCCGCGACAACAACAGGCAGCUUUGGCGAUCAACGGAUGCGUAUGCUUGCUUUAGCAUUUACUACUGCCUUGAUGCGUAA